GACACGGGGCGGGACUGGGACCACUAUCGGGACAACGGGACCGGCACUGGGAUAACGGACUGGGACCAGUAUCGGGACAACGGGACCGGCACUCCGAUAACGGGACUGGGACCAGGACUGGGAUAGUGCACCCCCAUGGCAGACGGCGAGGAGCCCCCCCGCCAGGCCCCCGCCGGCCCCCGCGGCCCGGGCACCCAGCCCUGCCGGCCGGUGCCGCGGGUCCACGCCUUCGGGAAGGGGGGGCAGGCGCUGCGCAGGGACCCCCGCGCCCCCCCCGCCAUGCGGGGCUGGCUGCACAAGCAGGACAGCUCAGGGCUGCGGCUCUGGAAGCGCCGCUGGUUUGUGCUGGUCGAUCUCUGCCUCUACUACUACCGAGACAGCGGCGAGCAGCGAGUGCGGGGUGGCCUCCCCCUGCCCGGCUACGAGAUCCGCGUCCUGCCCCUCGCCCCCCGUGCCCCCCGAUUCCUUUUCACGGCUGAGCACCCCGGAAUGCGAACGUACUGCCUGGGGGCCGAGACCCCCGAGGAGCUGAACGCCUGGGUCUGCGCCCUGCGUCGGGGCGCAUCGCCCCUGCCCGGCUCUCCCCGCUCCCUCCCCCUGCAGGCACCCCAGGACCACUGGAGUGCAGGUCCCCCCUCUCCCCCAUUGCCCGCUCGCUCCCCUGGCUGGUUCUCCCUGCGCCCCCCCGGUGAGGAGCUGGAGGCCCCCCCCACGCCCCCUCCGCGCCAUCCCCUGGUUCCUCCACUGCCCCCCAGCCAGGAGGAGGCCCCGGCCCGGGCGGGGCCCUGUGGGACGUUGGACCCCCGGGGGCAGCCGCGGGGACCCGCCGUGGGCGCCGCUGCCGCCGCAGCAGGGAGGAGUCCGCAGAAGCUCCGCCUCCCUGGAGCAACGACCAACCAGCAGCUGCCCCCUCUGGACGGCAGAGGACCUGAUACGGAGGAGGAAGACGUCGCGACCAAUCAGACUCUAUCCUCUCCAUCCGGCUCUUCUGAUUGGCUGCUGGCAUCCGAGGGCUCAGAUGGAGCCCUGCCCUCCUCGGGCAACGCUUCCCCACCGGCAGCCAAUGAGACCUCGCUCUGGCCGCGGGCGGGGGCGAGUGGGCGGGGUUUGAAGCGAGAAGGUGUGGCCGGCCACGGGGCGCGGCGGCCAAUCAGAAUCACCCUUCUCCAGGCCAGCUUCUGA